CGCAGUCGCAGUUGUGAAUUUCUUUAGACGACUCGUCUAAAAUUCUUUACUCGUGUUGAGCUGAUUUUUUUAAAACAGUAAAAGCAAAUUUUUGUAUGAGUCAAAAGGUAGAAAAACCAGUCCUAUCCGGUCAACGCAUCAAGACCAGAAAAAGAGAUGAGAAGGAGAGAUAUGAUCCAAAUGGGUUUAGGGAUGCAAUAAUCUCUGGACUCGAUAAAUGUUCUAACGAUUUUGAAGGAAUUUCGCGUUAUUUGGACGUAGCUGGAAAUAAAUUAGACUACAGGCGUUAUGGAGAGUGCCUCUUUGACAUCCUUAUUGCUGGGGGCAUCUUGGUUCCUGGAGGUACACUGUCACAAGAGGGGGAUGGGCCUCACAAGACGGAAGCGUGUAUUUUUAACACCCCGGACGAGAUCAAUAUGGAAAUAAUGAAAAGUUGGGAGCAAGUUUUUAUCAAACUUAUGCGUCGCUACAAGUAUCUGGAAAAACUGUUUCAGGACGAGAUCAGGAAAAUCUUGAUGUUCGUCAAGUAUUUUAAUCCUGCAGAAAGGAAAAAAUUGUCUGUGAUGGUAUCAUUGUGGAUCGCAAACGGUUCGAUCCCCUUUAACGCCGUGCUCGUUUUGAACAACUCUCACCUGAUCAAGGACCACCUCGCUCUCGACUUCCUCAUCGACAUGUUCAAGUGCUGGCGCCAGGAGAAAGGCGUCACGUCGCUGCACUCGGCCAUCAAAAAAUCCAACAUCGAAUCCCACCUGAUUAGCUUCAUACCGGACACGAAACAAUCGCAAGUGUACUUCCGCCAAGCCUUCCAGGAAAACGGCCUGGAAGAGAUACUCAAGCUCUACAACGACCAGCACCAGCAGCUUGCCAAGAAGAACUUGCAAGUUGUUCUGGCCGACUCGCUGGCUGAAAACAAGUCGCAACGCGACAUCAUAAAUGAAGUGAAAGAAAUCGCCUCCAAGGACAAUAUACAGGACCAUGAGACUGUCUGCAUAAUAUGGACAACUGUUAUGGACAUACCUGAGUGGUCUAAGAAGGAGGAACUGGUGACCGACCAAGCCGUCCGCCACCUGAAACAAUACACGAGCCUGUACUCGGCGUUCACGCAGUCUGCGCGCGCCGAGCUCAGCCUGAUACUGAAGGUGCAAGAGUACUGCUACUCGAACAUGACGUUCAUGCGCGCCUUCCAAAAGAUCCUUAUGCUGUUUUACAAGACGGACGUCGUCUCGGAACAGGCCAUUCUUAAGUGGUACAAACAGGACUACAACGUUAAGGGCAAAAUGAUGUUCGUCGAUCAGAUGAAGCAGUUUGUUGAGUGGCUGCAGAACGCGGAGGAGGAGAGCGACUCGGACGGCAGCAGUGAUUAGAUCAAAAAGUAUUUGAAGAGAGAAUAUCAGUGCCACCACUUAUCAUUUAAAACAAUAGCAUUUUUUCCAAUGUAAUUAUGACAUAUUAUAUAUUGUAUAAUAAACAUUUCUGGUGCCUUACUCUGUUGGUAUGUGGCAGGCAAUAGUGUUGUUCCGAGGGUUCUCUAAUAAUGACCUCUUAAAAAAUUUAUAUUUCAUUAAAAAGUAUUAGUGCAUGGGAAAAAAUGACAAUUGUGUCAAGUAUCGCCAAUAUUGUCGAACUCAAUGUUAUAUAUAAUGAUUUAUUGUCAAUUUUUUUAAUAUACAAACAAAUUUUAAAUAAAAACGACAAGCUUUAUUUCUACAACAAAACCUCCACAACAACAUGUAAAUGGUCAAGGCAUUUCAA